AUGAGCCUUAAGAUCAGUCUGGUAGUGAUAGCCUGCCUCAUUUACCCCAUAAUCCUGAUGUCCUUCAAGCAAACGACAGAUUGGAUACACAGUUAUGCCAAGAACCUCAAGAAAAAGACAGAAGACUUGAAAAGGGAAAGGCGGCUAGCUGAGGACCUCUUACACCAGAUGUUGCCAAAAUCUGUGGCCAAGCAGCUAAGAAAAUGCCAAAAAGUUGAGGCAGAAAACUAUGAUCAGGUGACUAUCUUUUUCUCAGACAUCGUGGGAUUCACAAGCAUUGCUGCCUCCUGUACUCCCUUGCAAGUUGUCGAGAUGCUCAACAAUCUAUAUGUCUGCUUUGACAGCAGGAUUGAGUCUUAUGAUGUUUACAAGGUGGAAACCAUUGGUGAUGCUUACAUGGUAGUGAGUGGCCUGCCAGAGAGGAAUGGCACCAAACAUGCUGACGAGAUUGCCAAAAUGUCUCUGGAUCUGGUGGCAGCGGUUCGGCAGGUUGUGAUCCCUCAUAUGCCAACGGGCAGGCUGCAGCUGCGGGCUGGGAUACACACAGGACCCUGUGUAGCUGGAGUUGUGGGGUACAAAAUGCCUCGUUAUUGCCUUUUUGGGGACACUGUAAACACAGCCUCCCGCAUGGAGUCCACCAGCUUGCCACAGAAGAUCCAUAUCAGUUCUGCUACAUAUGAUGCCCUUCUCACAGAUGACGCAUAUGAAAUUGAACUGAGAGGAGAAAUUGAAGUCAAGGGCAAAGGGAAAAUGAAAACCUACUGGCUUAUUGGUAACAAGAACUACAGUGUCCAAAACGACAGCCUGGUGUGUCACUGGAAUCCAGCAAUCUCCAAGAAAAAGACGAUGGAAAGUAGCCAGGGAUCUGUCCAACAACAUAGUGCAGGUGCUGGGGGAGCAGCCCUGGCUGAGCAGAGCCCUGCAACGCCCUGGGAUGAACUGGGCCCUGACAGUCACACUCAAGGGAGUUCCAGACCAGCCUGGACCCCUGAGAGCACCACCCAUGGCACCAGCCAGCAGCAGAGGAAUGUCUUUCAUCAGAGCUCCAACCAGAGCCUCCGGGAGAACCUCUCUUCAUUGGGCUCAUCUGCUUUGGGGAAAGGUACCAAAGGUUCCAGUUUAGAACACAGGGCACCGUUUGGAGACCAUGGUAUUAAAGCAAUGUGGAAAAAUGAGUUUCUCCCAGGUUUUGUAGAUGAGAUGUGACAGGAUAAGAAAUGACUGGACUGCUC